UACUAUUGCUACCAUUGUAUAUAGACACGGCGUUAAAGGUAAACAUUCGUAUUUCUGAGCAGGUUGUGAUCACUGCCUCCUCGGUCUGGCAGUGGGCGGUGCUAAUCAUCUUUUGGUAGCCGAGGGAAGAGGAAACUGCAGAUGUUUACGGCUUGCGCCUGCUCAAGUUAGUCACAUUAAUGGGAAGCAGGCCACAUGUGUUGCUGCGUUCUCCCCCGGCAAAAAAAAGAAGACGCUACCAAGACUAUCCCAGCGGAGAAGUAGUCCUCGGAUUCAACAAUGGCUGUUUGAGACAGGGAGAGUCUUAGCCCUCCAGUGACACUCCCACCUCUCGUUCUCUUUUGCUUGGUCCACACCUCUCCUUUCAUCAGUUUCUGGUGGUGCCAGGAAUCGGUCCGUCCUCUUUAUCUCUCUGUCCCUGUCCUGUUACCUCCUGCUGGCUUGAGACUGAAGACUGUAAAUCAGAAUGGUUGCUGAGGCAGACUCAGCGUCUCAGGGCAGCGGUGUGCGGCUGAAGCAGGAGAUUUCCCUCCUCCAUGGGGUAUGUCUCAUCGUGGGAAAUAUGAUCGGCUCUGGCAUCUUUGUCUCACCUAAGGGGGUUCUUAUGUACACAGGCUCAUUUGGCCUGUCCCUGAUAGUGUGGGCCAUUGGUGGAGUGUUUUCUGUGUUUGGAGCGUUAUGUUAUGCUGAGCUGGGAACCACCAUCCGUAAAUCUGGUGCUUCCUACGCCUACAUCCUGGAGGCAUUUGGAGGCUUCUUGGCUUUUAUUCGACUGUGGACAUCACUGUUGAUAGUAGAGCCAGCGUGUCAGGCAGUGAUAGCCCUGACCUUCUCCAACUACCUGGUCCAGCCUUUCUACCCCACCUGUUCAGCCCCUUACGACGCCGUCCGUCUCAUCGCUGCUGUCAUCAUAGGUCUCUUGACUAGUGUGAACUGUAUGAAAGUGAAAUGGGGUGCGAUUCUUCAGGUCAUCUCCACCGUAGCCAAGGUCCUGGCUCUCAUCGUCAUCAUCAUUACUGGCCUGGUUAAACUGUCACAAGGUUUUGACCAGAACUUUGAGAACUCCUUCAAAGGGUCCAAGCUGGACGCUGGUGACAUGGCCUUGGCCCUUUAUUCAGCACUCUACUCCUACUCAGGCUGGGACACACUCAACUUCAUCACAGAGGAGAUCAAGAACCCAGAGAGGAAUCUGCCCUUAUCCAUCGCUAUUUCCAUGCCCAUUGUCACAGUGAUCUACAUCUUGACCAACAUAGCUUAUUACGUCGUCAUGGAUGCCGACAAAGUGCUCAGCAGUGAAGCUGUUGCUGUGACGUUUGCAGAUGAGACGCUGGGCUGGGCUCGCUGGCUGAUUCCUCUGUCCGUGGCCAUUUCCUGCUAUGGAGGUCUCAACUCUUCCAUCAUUGCUGCUUCCAGGUUGUUUUUUGUUGGUUCCAGAGAAGGCCACCUACCUAAUGUCCUGUGCAUGAUCCACAUUAAGCGCUACACUCCAAUUCCUGCCCUGCUUUUCAAUGGUGCCAUGUCUCUGUUCUACCUGUCCGUGCCUAAUAUUUUCCAGUUGAUCAACUACUUCAGUUUUAACUAUUGGCUGUUUAUUGGCCUGUCGAUAGCCAGCCAGAUCUACCUUCGCUUCAAAGCUCCUGAUCUGCACCGACCUGUUAAGCUGUCUUUGUUCUUCCCAAUUGUUUACUGCUUGUGCAGCAUAUUCCUGGUGGUGGUGCCCCUCUACAGCGACACCAUCAACUCUCUGGUGGGAAUCGCUGUGGCUCUGUCUGGCGCACCAGUCUACUACUUUUGCAUCUACUUGCCGCCCAGCUCCAGACCAGCCUUCCUCGCGAAGAUGCUCAAUAAGCUCUCGCUUCACACCCAGAAACUGUGCAUGUGUUGUGUGGCCUCGCCUGAUAUCGAUCUGGACAACAUAGAACCAGAAAAAAUGGAAUGAUGGAGCAACGGAGGACACUGAAGUACUUUAUAAGGAGGUGUGAAGAUUAUGAAUGAAGGAAGGAAGCUGCAGACAAUCAGGAUUUGGAUGAGUAAGGCUUCACUGGUUAAAGGAGGAGGAGAAACUGGACAGAUUGGUUCAACAGAUCUCUAUUCCUCCUCCUCUUCCUCCUCUCUCUAACAUGAGCCAUAUGAAUAACAGAGCAGGAAUUAAUGAAUGAAUUGAUAACCCUCCCACAAAUAGCACUGUACAGAUCACUGUAACUUGUGUUACAUUCAUAUGGUGGAACAUGAUGCAGUGUUCGUUGUGCAGUUCCCUCCACACGUGCCCAUACUCUGCAACCCACACCUGCGUAUAAGCUGACUGAAAGCCUUAGGGUAACACUGCAACAUAUGGAAAUUAACAACCCAGUCCAGAAUUAGCCGACUCAGCAGAGGAGAUUUAUUCAUAAAUAAGCAGUAGUUACAGACACUACACAGGCGGCGAUGAAAAAUGUUUGUUACAUGCCUUACAACUUGUAUCAUGUCUCUCAUUUUAAUGAAUUGUGACCCUUUGAAAUGCUGCUUGCGACCCCACGCCACAGGUUGCAGAUUGUCAGUGGGUCAUUGCUCCUUCUUAUUUUAACUUUUUUUUCGGAAUUUAAGAUCAUAAAAUUACUUAGCAACUCGAGCAGAAAGCCUCAAUUGGGAAAAUAAAUUUAGUUUUCAAUUGUGUUUACUUGCAACCCCUCAGAUUUAUCUUGCAAUCCAGAGGUUGGGGUUGGGAACCAGUGUUUUAAACAUCUUUUAGUUUUUAUAGUAAAAGUUUAAACAUCAGUGGUACAAACUCAAUAUGACAGCUAGAAAGCGAGUCCAGAGAGCGAAUGAAUGGCAAACAGUUUUGCACAUUUUCUUUCGUUGUACAGCUACCUUGUUUAUAAAAAGCUUUAUUCUGAUCCGUUACUGAAAGACCAAAUGAACAGGUGUAGUGCUUUUGUAAGAAUUAGCUACUUAAGAAGGAGAAAGAGAUUAUUUACUAAAGUGCUGUUAUUUCCUGCAGUUUGCCUAAGCUCGUUGUAAUGUGUCAGUUGACUCUGAGUGGUGUUAUUUUAAGGAGUGGUAAUCCUACAUGAUCAUAAAUCCGUCACCACGUGUAUCCUACUUUUUUUUCCCCCUCCACCUAAGUAAGCAUGUGAAAUGUUUUCUUGUUUCAGCCAAAUCCUUUUGUUUGCAUCUUCAGGGCUACAUUUGGUUUCCGGUGCCUCCUAGUGGUAGCUAAUACUAACUUCCGUGGACAAGUGGCACAAGUGUCAUUCAAGAGUCUCUCUACAACUUGUGUGUUCGUGUGUGUUCUCGUCUAUGCUGUUACAGUCGUUUUUAUACAUUUUCAAAGACACAUGCUGGUGAGAGGAAUGCCACUCACGUGUUAUUGAUAUGAAAAUGGUUUGAAAAGUUUAAACUUGUGGCUGUUUCUCGAUUAAGCAGAUGUACCUGAUGAAGACUGCUCUGUGUGACGGGGUUUUUCCUUCACGUUGGAAUCUUUGCAGGUACAAACCUCAGGAUCAACCAUGCUGAUGUGCACAUGUUGCUGAUAUUUAUUUUUUCUUUUCUUUUUUUUAACCCACUCUUCUCUUAAGAGUUUGUAUCGCAGUAAGGAUGUUUAAUGUCAAAUUGCCUUUUGACUACAUCACCAACCUGGACCAUUUAUUCACAGUACAUAACCAAAGGUCUUAAACAGGCUGAUAGUCAGACCGUCUUUCUGCUCGCGGAGUAAUGAGCCUGUAGCUAAGGGUCGUUGCUUUCCAGUGAGAAAAUGAUCGCUGUUUAAUAUUGAACUAUAGGUAGAUGCUAGUCAAACUUUUGGUGUUUGCAUUGUACUGUAGUCCUUAUUAGCUGUAUGUGCCUUCUGUGAAUGUGGUCUGCCAAAGGCCUGGUCUAUUUUUGAUACUGUAAUGUAGCUUUUGUGAACAGCCUCGAGCACAGUCGUACUGACACACAUUGCUGUAGGGUUUGCCAAAACUUCUUCAGGUCGUCAUCUUCUGUUGAUUUUCCUUUUUCUUUUUUUUUCUCUCUUCACCAGCCAGAUGUUGUAGUUGAGGUCACUUAACUGUCAGCUGGAGAUAAUCAGGCCUUAGCUUGAACCAUAUUUAGUGUCUUGACACGAGCACUUCCACAACACCAGCCAACAGAAGCACACAGAUAUUUCUUUAAUGUUGUUUUCUCUGGAGUUAAAGUUAUCAUUAAAGCCAAACAAGUCAGUUGCGUGUGUGUUGUUAAGAAGAAUAUCGCCAUAUAUCUGCAGUAAAGGAUAUUCUUAAUCUAUUUCCAUAUAUUGUCAUGUUAUUAAAAUGUUAUAUACUCAGAAAACACAGGACUUGAAUGUUGCAGUAUAACAUAUAUUUGUUGUGUUUCAUUAGGUACCAAAUAUAUGUUUUCUAGUUGGGUUGUGUUUGUGGACAGAGUUGUGUUCUGUGUGUUUGUAGAAUUAUGUCCUAAGUGCUUGCUUUGUUCACUGUUUUUAUUUAUUAUACUUUGGACAUGGACAAGCCAAAGGUUAAGAUAAGCUUUCUAGUGUGGGAUGUUAUGUUUGUCCAAAGUGAAGCAGGAGUGUACUGUGUGUUUUUAAUUUGAAUAAAGGCAAGUACAGAAUUUGCAUUGUAAACUUUUAAGUGACUUUACCCACUGUCCUCUGAACUCAACACAAAUGUCUUGAGCCUCUGUGUUUACAUUGGGAAGCUGACAGCCACUAGAGGUCGUGGUCUCCUCGCACUUAAACCAAAACCACAGUUUGAUGAUUUGUUACUGUUCAUUUAACUGCAGGUAAAUUUGAUUAUUUUAUGUUUUUUUUUAAAUCAGUUGUGAGAAACUGCAUUGAAGCUGUCGGCCAAACUCUGAGUCUGCUGCUGCUGAAAGUUGUGUUCAAGAUUGACAGAAUUAGCUUUUAUAAUCCCAGUUUCUCUGUACAGAUGAACUCGCUGAACAAAUUAACAACCUUGAAAAUCAGCCCUUAUAAAUACCUUUUCGUCCUUCACUAUAAUCAGUUCAGUGUACAUUUUACGUUUAUACUUUAUUCAGUUUGAGCUGUUUUGUGACAUUAAAAAUAAAAUGAUGCUUAAAGCAAACAUCUACAUUCAGGAUGGCAGAGAGUCAAUGACCUGGUGUACCUGUAAACAUAGGUGUGAUAAACUGUCAAAGUCUGCUUCAAAUUUUCAUUCAAAUACUUUAUAGACUACUGUUUGCUUUUUGUUGGACACUGCUUCAUGCUUCUCAGUGCUUUAAUAAACUCUGGACACUGUA